AUGCCCAGCUCAUGCAAUGAUAUCCGGCAGGCUCUGGCCCAAUGCCUCCAAGAAUCAGACUGUAUCAUGGUCCAGCGUCAUACACCCCGUGAAUGUCUCAGCUCUCCUCUCGCCGAGCAGUUACCCACGAAAUGCCAGCAACUGUCCAAAGGAUUCAGCGAGUGCAAGCGCGGUAUGAUCGAUAUGCGCAAACGCUUCCGUGGCAAUCACCCCAGUUCGGCAUCGCAGGGCGGAAAGUCCGGCAGUUCGUCUGGGGGACAAUUAUAUGCUGGAGCACCCGCAUACCAGAGCGUCAAGGAGCUCAACGGGGACGAAGUCCAGAUGGACCCCGAGAAGACCAGAGGCCUGUAA